AUGGAAAAUGACACCUCAGUGAAUAAUUUUAUUUUAAUGGGCUUCUCUAAUGUCCCAGAUUUUAAACUCCUUCUCUUUGUGGUGUUCUUGUGCAUUUACCUUGUCACCGUACUUGGCAAUGUCACCAUCAUUGUCAUCAUUAAUGUUGAUGCUGCCCUCCACACCCCUAUGUACUUCUUUCUCAGGAACGUAUCUUUUCUGGAAAUCUGCUACACUUCGGUCACGAUCCCCAAGUUGCUUGAGAACAUCCUCGCUGUGGACAAAACUAUCUCCUUAAGUGCAUGUGCCACUCAAAUGUAUUUCUUCCUCUUCUUUGGUGCCAAUGAGUGCUGCCUCCUAGCCAUCAUGGCAUACGAUUGCUAUGUAGCUAUAUGCAACCCUUUGCGCUACUCGGUCAUCAUGAGAAAGAGGGUGUGUGUCCAGCUCACUGCCUUGUGUUGGCAUUGUGGCUGUCUAGUGGCUGUGGGUCAUACCACCUUCAUUUUUAACCUGCCCUUUUGUGACUCCAACGUCAUCAACCAUUUCUUCUGCGAAAUUCAACCAGUGCUAAAGCUGGUGUGUGGGGACACAUACUGGAAUGAGAUCCAAAUCAUUGCAGCUGCUGCAUUUGUAAUCCUGAUGCCCUUCAUGCUGAUCCUCAUGUCCUAUUUCCACAUCAUCUCUACCAUCUUAAGGAUGCAAUCAGCCCAGAGCCGUCAGAAGGCUUUCUCCACCUUCCUUGUUGUUGUUUCCUUAUUCUAUGGGACAGCCAUUUUUAUAUACAUACGCCCCAAAUCAAGCUACUCUUUGAAUGUGGACAAACUUCUCUCUCUCUUCUACUCAGUCAUUACACCAAUAUUGAAUCCCAUUAUCUACAGUCUGAGGAACAAGGAAGUGAAGGGAGCUCUCAGAAAGACAGUGUUGAAGCUAGUUCUGUCAAAAUGA